ACUGUUUCCUCUCUGAUAAUAUUAACCAAUAAGCAUGAGCUGUCGUGUCCAAGCGGGACUACGGCAAGCGGCUGGGUCCUGAAGCGCUGUGACUCAUCGUCACAGAAUAAAGCGGAGUAACAGUCCACGGAGCCAGGUGCAGAUACACGUUCGCUCCAGUCCUCCUGUCUGUCUCUCUGUCUGUGUGUUAAUAAGUAUGAGGAGUGUCAGGUCUGCUGUGCCCUGUGGGGGUCUGCUCGUCCUCCUGUCCUGCUGUUUGCUGGGUGUUUAUUCUCAGGUGGAUCCGCAGCAGCAGCAGCAGCCCCCCCCGCCUGUCAUAGAGAGCGCAGCUCACAUAUCGGCCCACAGUCACGGUCGCAUGGACAGAAACAUGGUCCAGGACAAAGACCACAUCAUGGAGCAUCUGGAGGGAGUGAUAGACAAACCAGAGAAGGAUAUGACACCCCAGGAGCUCCAGCUUCACUAUUUCAAGAUGCACGACUAUGAUGGAAACAAUCUCCUGGACGGGCUUGAGUUAGCCACAGCGAUCACACAUGUACACCGAGAGGAGAGAGGGGAGGAUAGCCAGCCAAUGAAAGAGGACGACCUCAUCACGCUCAUUGAUGAUGUUCUGAGGGACGAUGACAAAAACAAUGACGGUUACAUCGAUUACGCAGAAUUCGCCAAAUCACUGGAGUAAAGUGUCUCCACGUUUCCUCAUGUCCACAGCAGCAGCAGCAAAGGAGCUGCAGAGAGAGUGUACGUAAACCGAGAAGCUGCCCUGCGAGGUGGAAGACCUUCAUUCAGUCUGUUCUCUCUCUCUCUCUCUCUCACACACAGGCAAUCACAGGAUUAUUUGUAAUUUAUCAUAGUUUUAUGAAAUUUUUUCUCCAAGUUGGAAAUCAGGAGAAAAUGUGUUCCUUUCAUACCAGUAAUUUGAUAAGCAAACAACAUUUUUUUUUCUCCUGGUGUAUGCUUAUAAUUACAUUUAAAAAGGGCCAGUUCACCCAAUAUCAAUAGCAAAUAUUUAUUGUAUAAUCUUGUUGUUUUGUUGAUCUGACCCUUGUACGGUAGCACUGUAGUGUGUCUACACGUGUGUUCUUCUUUUCAGCGUCGCUACUUUAAAUUCACUUGGAGAAUCUAGACUGAAUGUCAUCAGUUUAAAUGAUCAAGUUUCUAUUUCAAACUGUGUUGCGUAAAUGUCGGAUUUAACUGACGCACACUUCCUGUUUGGACCAAUCGAUUUCUCGUGUGAAUCAAUUUCAUUGGCUGUUUGUGACGAGGAUGAUGAGACGAACAGGUCGUUCCCAUGCCAACAGCAAGCGGCCUUGCUCGGAUGAGUAGUCAGUGAUGUAGUGUGUGUUUGUAGAGUAGAAUCCCUUGUUGAACUGAUGAAGUGAUAUCAUUUUUGGGAGAGAAUCCUGUGGUUCGAUGCAGAACAACAUGGAUGUGAAUGUUUCAAGCCGACUGACACACUGUGUCACAUCAGCACCUCACGGUUCUUCUUGAAGUGCUUCUUCAUCAUCCUCCUGUCGCCGCUCAGCGAGAAGAUCCCCAACAAUGACCUGUUGUCAUAUAGUGAAUGUAAAUCAGCACAUCACUGUGCAGUGCUGGUUCUUUAUCACUGGAUAGGAAAGACUUGAAGCACACUGGUUGAUGCACAGCUCUGAUGCUGAAGAUAUUAGCUGCCUUUAAAAUAUACUGUAACUAUGUUUGUGUUCAUGGCAUUGUUACAGAAAGAAGCUUAAUGUGGCAGGUCAUGGGUUUAAUUUCCAAACUAACAAGGAAUGGACAUCAUGUGACAGCAAGUUCAGUUUACAAUAAUUGGGUGGAGGGUCCUCAAAACCGUCAAGUUUUGACCACAAUCAGAUCAGUCUGAGGUAAGGAUGGACGGAGACGUCUGUAUGUAUUAGUAAGAUAUAGAUACAACACUUUAGGUCUGUGUCAAAAAUAUCUGAUUCCUUCUUCAGUCUAAUUUUCAUAAGGAUUAAUUCUAUAUUUUUGCCAUCCAGUGUUGAUUCUUCAAUCAGUUCAGGUUGUUGAAUGCAAAUAUUUAAAACCCAAAGUGAAACCAUAAGAGAUACAAGUGUGUUGUCUCUGAAAUGUGAAAUAUAAAAAAUUAUAUAAAUAUCUAA